CCAAAUCGGGAUUCUGACGAUAGAGAGUGCUGCGGCGGUGUACUGAUGGUGGAGGGAGACUGAAAUAUCUGCGGGCUGUGUCUGAGCCAAGCGCAUCUGGGCAGAGGUUGAUGUUUGUGAAGGAAACGGGAGCAGAGGGGCAGAUGAGCUGCAGCAACUGCAAGGUCCGAGUCGCCCUGCCCUCUGGGCUGGGAGAGCAGGCUGGGGGAGGGACAGGGACAGGCCAAUGGCAGUGCAGCGGCGGCUCUCAUGACAGAGGACGAUGGUCGAGGAGCAGCACAGAAGCUUGAGCCCACGGGCAUGGCUGGAGGCGCACAACCGAACGGUUCUAGCAGCAGCAGAGGACGACGGGGCAUCCAAGCUCCAAUUUUGGUGUAAAUGUUAGCGUCUAGCCUUGCGCAACGGGCUUUCAGUGGGCAGCACAAGGGACGAUGACGGUCCACGGGCAGCGCCAGCAACGCCAGGCUGCGGACCGUUCCCGCAUCAAACCACCGUCCAAGCGCAGCCUGAGCAGCGGCAGCGCUCUGUUACUAAGAGGGGAGUGGCUUGGUGCGCGGUCGAAAAUAGCGGGACGUAUGAAUGGUGUGAAGGGCUCAGCCCUCCUGCACCGGCACACCACUGCCUGCCGCUUGCCGCCGAGGCACCAUGACAUGCAACCUGUCACGCCUCGCGCAAAAGGCCAAAGACACGGAACAUGUCCAUCAUGGAGAGCACACCCCGACGAUGUGAAAGUUAGACGUGUGAGCCACAGAGUCCGACUCAACGUCGAGAUGCAGCGAUGCGGACGGGGGAGCGCUGUCGGAACCCGCUUGGCUGAGGCGUGCGACGGCUGCCCCUGCAGGCAAUUUUGGACCUUUGUGCCCGACUGCUGCACUCCGAGGGCCUGCGGUGCACGCUGGAGCGGCGAUCUAAAGGCCAUUGGUGGAGCAGCAAUAAUGAUUGAAUGAUUGCUGGUGCGCGCGGCGGCAGAUGUGUAGCUUCUGCGAGGAUUCCUGGCCGUCGCGCUGCAGGUUAAAGAC